AUGGACUACAACAUGGAGGACACACAGCAACCCGUCGAGGCCCAGAAGGUCACCCAGAGAAAUGACACUCAAAGCGUGACCAAGCGCCUGCAAGCUGAGCUCAUGCAGCUCAUGCUCUCCCCCUCUCCCGGCAUCUCCGCCUUCCCCAACGCAGACGGCAACCUCCUCGCCUGGACAGCUACCAUCACCGGCCCAACCGAAACUCCCUACGAAGGCCUGACUCUCAAACUCUCCUUCAAGUUCCCUAACGAUUACCCUUACUCUCCUCCAACCGUCCUCUUCAAAACACCCAUCUACCACCCGAACGUCGACUUCUCCGGCCGCAUCUGUCUCGACAUCCUCAAGGACAAGUGGAGCGCCGUAUACAACGUGUCUAGCGUACUGCUCAGUCUGCAGAGCUUGCUGGGUGAACCGAACAACGCGAGCCCACUCAACGCCCAAGCCGCCGAGCUCUGGGACUCAAACCAGGAAGAGUUCAAGCGCCACGUUCUCGCCCGCCACCAGGAUCUGGACGACGAGUAA